AUUAAAAAGUCUAGAAUGUUGAUAUGUUCCGAAUGCCGACAAGAUGAGGAUGAAAGUAAAGAAAAAGCUGGUGAUCAUUUGCGUAAUUUGCUUUAUCUGCAUAAUUAUUGGAACCAAAACUUUGUACAACUGGGUACACAUUGAGGUAGUUAAAGACUUGAUGUAUGAAUCACCGCAUCAGAAUUUAAUAAAAACAUUUCUUCGUCCAAUGGAAUAUUGUAAUUCUUUCCAUCAUAUCAACAGUGGUGAAGAAGGUGAUAGUAAUAUAUCUGGAUACUCUUUAGAACUAGUUCAAAUGGUCAUGCGUCAUGGUGCGCGAACUGGUAUGCAUAGUUUACCUGGAAUAGAAGUUCCAAUUUUAAGUUGUAAAAUAAAUUCAAAGUUUGAAAAUAUCUCUCAUUUUCUAGAUAGAACAAGACAAAAAUGGAUAAAUCAAAAAAACUUUGGAUUUGACAGUUCGCUUUAUCCAAAUAAGAACAAAUGCCAAGGAUCAGAUUUGACACCAUUAGGAAUGAAACAACACAUUACGACUGGUCGAUACCUUCAACGUAAAUAUGGAGGUCUUCUUAAUACUACUCAGUUACAUGUUCGCAGUACAGGGUAUUCUAGAACAUACCAGAGUGCAGUGGCUGUUCUGCUUGGCUUUUUAAACCACACAUUUCUGCCUCUUGUCAGAAUAAAUAGAUCUAGAGAAGCAUCAUUUUGUAGCCCCAGUUUGUUUUCAGGUUCUUGCCACUGUCCAGAGGCAGAUAAAUUAAUGAGAAAAGCUAAGAAAGAAGCAGACAAAGCAGAAGGAGAGGAUAUUGAUAAACAAUUGUUGAUAAAUAGAUUAAGGGAAGUAUUAGAAACUGAAAUACCUGUUGGCCUUUCAGCAUUUUCUCUAAUUGAUAUUUUUAUGACAUAUGCUUGCCAUGGGAUACCACUGCCUUGUUCACAGAAUCAACGGAAGUGUGUAAAUCAGUCACAUUUAGAUUUGAUUUUCAAGAUACAAGAUCGUGUAGGAAAACAAAUGGUAUUUGAAAAUAGAAACUAUAUACAAUAUGCUCAUUUAUAUCUGCAUCCAUUAUUAGAAGAAAUGGCAGAUAGGAUGAAAAAGGUAGCAAGGCGUAAACCAGUGGAAUCUUUUGUUUUAUACUCUGGUCAUGAUGUGACAAUAACACCACUUGCAACUGUUUUAGGAAUUCAUGAUGGAAAAUGGCCGCCAUUUGCCUCAAGGAUAGUCAUAGAAUUAUAUAAAAAGACAGAAAUUAAAAUGCAUUAUUUUAUCAAAGUAUUUUUUAAUGGAGUAGAUGUGACUUCAAAAGCAUCAUUUUGUAAAAAUAAAACUUUAAAAGGAUUCUGCAAAUUAAAAUAUUUUCGUGAUUUUGUAAAUGAUCAUUUACAUAAUAAUGGACUUGAUUCAUAUGAUGAAGGCUGUGGCAUUCCUAAUCUUUAGAAGAAAAAAAA